AUCUCUGCAUUUAAAACAGGAAACAAUGUAACACAGAGAACAAGAGAACUUAGGGAGAACAUUUAGGCUCCAGAACAAGUGCAGUAUUUGUGAGCUGGACUGUCUGCAGGGUCCUGACUGCAGUGAGGACUAUCUGGGGGGGAGGCCUCUCUCUGGAAAUACUGCAUUGACACUGAGAUGUCUUUUUCUUGGUACCAUGGGAACAUCACUCGCUCCAAAGCUGAAGACCUGAUGUCACAGGUUGGCAAGGAUGGCACUUUCCUCGUACGAGACAGUGAAUCUGUGUGCCGGGCAUAUGCUCUGUGUGUGCUAUACCAGAAGUGUGUCUACACAUACAGAAUUUUACAGAACAAUGAAAACCAGCUCUCAGUGCAGGCAUCUGAAGGAGUUCCCAUGCGCUUUUUCACAAACCUACAGGAGCUGAUAGAAUUUUACAAAAAGGAAAAUGUAGGAUUGGUCACACAUCUACAGAACCCUGUAUUGCAAGAGGAAGAGGGACCUGAAGAACCAGAUGAAGACCAGGAACCAGUUCCCCCGAACGUACCCCCUAGGAACUUUUUCACUACAUUGUCAUCGACAGAAACAAAAGAGUGUCCAGUGACUACAGAAAAAAUUGAUAUUGGAAACAACUCCUUGGUCCUGUCUGACACAUUGUUACAGAGAAUGCAUGACAUUGACACGCGCAGUGUAUCCGAGGAACAUUUACAAGUAAUUCAAGAGUAUUUGCGUCUUCAUCUGACCAGUGAUUGUGAAAUGGUGCGCAGUGGAUGUCAGAAUCUCCCUCAGUUUAAAAAGCUUCUGAUGACCCUUUGCACAGGACUGUACAGUGAAAUCACCCGUACCCUUCCGGCGCUGGAAUCGCUACAGAGCACAUUUGAACCCCAGUUCUCCCCUGGAUUCAGGCAGCGCUCCCCUUUACCUGGUGACCCCAGCACAAGUAGCAUGAUGAGUAAACUCAACCAGCUGACCUCUAUGGUAUCCAGCCUUGAGGAGAAGGUAAAAACAGUGUUAAUGGAAGGGGCUGCAGUGAAACACCGCAGAUCACUCAUACCCCCAAUAAUAUUUGAGGUUAAACUGGAUUCUUUGGGAAUAUCUCAGAAGACUCACCUGAAAGUCGAUGUUGAAAUGGGAAAACUUAUCAUCAAGAAGGCCAAAGAUGGACCAGAUGAAAAAUACUACACCAGCAAGAAAAUUUUACAACUGAUCAAAUCCCAGAAGUUGCCAAAUAAAUUGAUAAUUGUUCUGGAAACGGAAAAGGAAAAAAUACAACGUAAAGAAUAUGUUUUUGCUGAUUCCAAGAAACGGGAAGGAUUCUGUCAGCUUCUCCAGCAGAUGAAGAACAAACAUUCUGAUCAGCUAGAGCCAGACAUGUUGUCUAUCUUCACAGGGUCCUGGAAUAUGGGAGAUGCUCCCCCACCAAAGAAAAUUACCUCCUGGUUUCUGUGCAAAGGGCAAGGCAAGACCCGAGAUGAGACAGCCGAUUAUAUAGAACAUGAUAUUUAUGUCAUUGGUACACAGGAAGAUCCUCUAAAUGAAAAGGAGUGGGUGGAAAUAUUGCUGCGCUCUCUAAGUCAAAUCACCAAUGCUGAAUACAAAUUGAUUACUAUACAAACACUUUGGAACAUACGAAUUGUGAUCCUAGCAAAGCAAGAACAUGCUCAUCGAAUCAGCCACAUUUGCACAAACAGUGUGAAGACGGGAAUUGCCAACACACUGGGUAACAAAGGAGCGGUCGGUGCCUCGUUUAUGUUCAAUGGGACAUCAUUUGGUUUCAUUAACAGCCACCUUACUUCCGGGAGUGAAAAGAAACUCAGGAGGAAGCAGAACUACUUUAACAUACUGCGUUUCCUGGUCCUGGGUGACAAGAAGCUAAGCCCUUUCAACAUCACACAUCGAUUUACUCAUCUUUUUUGGCUUGGCGAUCUUAACUAUCGUGUUCAGCUGCCAAACAGUGAGGCGGAAAACAUUGUUCACAAGAUCAAACUACAGCAAUACUAUGAACUUCUGGCCUAUGACCAGUUAAAUAUGGAACGCAAGGAAAGUCAAAUCUUCCUCCACUUUAAUGAAGAAGAGAUCACAUUUCCCCCAACAUACCGCUAUGAGCGAGGAUCACGGGAACGUUACUGCUACACCAAGCAGAAAGCAACAGGAAUAAAGUACAAUUUACCUUCUUGGUGUGACAGGGUGCUAUGGAAAUCCUAUCCCCAGAUGCAUGUAUUAUGUCAAUCAUAUGGAUGCACAGAAGAUAUAACCACCAGCGAUCACUCACCUGUAUUUGCUACGUUCCAAGUUGGCGUAACAUCCCAGUUUGUCUCAAAAAACAAUCCCGGUGAUUCAGAUAUGCAAGGAUAUAUUGAGCUGCUGAACUGCAAGGCGACGCUACACACCAAGAGUCACACCAAGUUCUACAUAGAAUUUCAUUCAUACUGUCUAGAAAAUAUGGUGAAGAGCUCUGAAGCUGAAGAUCAAGAGGGUGACAGUGGCACUUUAAUUGUUAAGUUUGGCGUUCUACCAAAGCUAACACCGAUCAUCUCAGAUCUUGAGUACCUCCUGGACCAGCAUCUACUUAUCUGUAUCAAGUCUUCAGACACUGAUGAGUCGUACGGUGAGGGGUGCAUUGCACUGCGCAUGGAAGAUCCACAACAGCAACAAUUCCCAUUUAUCACCCCACUAACACACCAUGGAGAGGAGACGGGUCACUUUCAGGGAGAAAUCUCUUUGCAUGCAGCCUGUGGGAAACAGAGAGAGAAGCUAUAUGAUUUUGUGAAGAUUGAGAAAGAUGAAACUGUAGUACAGAAGCAACAAAUAAAAGCACAGUGCAGCCAGCAAUGGGAAACGUCAUCCAGGAGUGGCAAAGGCCUUGUUGAUAAAAUGGCACGAAUGCGCGGUGUUCCACUGUGCACCCCAGAGACAUCAAGCAGUACAGACCAUAAUGUGGCAGCCCAGACAUUAAGUAACCAGGUAAAACAAAGUCCUCCAAAUACCCCACAAGGAUUGAAAGGAAAUGAGCAACGAAGCAAACCAAGUUCCCCGGUGAUGGGUCGUGGGGACACUCCGAUCACACCCCCUGCUCGCUCUUCUGCACCCAGUCAGAAAUUUGUCACCUGUAACAAAACCUCACAUAAUCGUCCGCAGGAUACCAUCCGUACCACAACUCAACCUGAUAUCCCAGAAAUGGUUGAUAAUCCCCUAUAUGGUCCAGUGAACAGUAGUUCCCAUCAGCUACCAGCACAAGGCCGACCACUGAAGCCUCCCGAACCCGCAGCUCGCACCGUUCCUGCAAUUCGCCAGCGAUCUAUGACUUGUUCAUCUUCUGACAAGAAACCUGUUGCCCCAGAUAAAACUGCAGUAAAGAUCAUGGCAUCUGUUAACAUCAACCGUCCGGAGAUAUCUCCGUGUAUGUCCAAACCUCGCCCUCCUAUUCCUGCGAGACUCCAGGGUGGCCGUGAUGGACAGCACACUUAGCUAUGCCAUCCCUUCCAGCACAGUGGAAUUUUUCAGAUUAUGGGGGAGAUUUAUCAAAACCUGUGCAGAGGAAACGUUUCCCAGUUGCCCAUAGCAACCAAUGAGAUCACUUCUUAAAUUUUUCAAAAAUAAAAGAAGCAAUUUGAUUGGUUGCCAUGGGCAACUGGACCACUCUUCCUCUGUACGGGUUUUGAUUAAUCUCCCCCUAUGUAUUUUGUCAAAUCUAUAUUGUCGUUUUUGACACAUUCCUCAUAGAAAAAAAAGGUUUUAUAUUUCAGUUCUUCCCAAUUCUACUUCCAUCCAUGAAAAACGUUAUUUUGAAAUGACUAAAGUAAAGCUCCCCUUUUUAUUGGUAAUGUCUAUAUAGUUGUAUAGAUAACAUAUUUGACAUCUAUCAUCCAAAUCAUAUUUAUACAUUUUUACUUAUUUUUAGAGUUAUUGUUAAUUAAAGGCAGGGCUUCAGUUAGCAUUUAGCGCUAUACAAAAGACCAGCAUUUUACGCAUGUCUACUUGACUGUUACAGUGUACUAAUCUUGUUGAGGUAUUAUGCAUUCCAUAUUGGUAGGAAAAGCCUUCUUUACAUAUUUCAUUACCUUAUUAAAAUGUUGGAGAGGAACUUUAGAUCUGAAGACUGACAUGGAUCGCUUGAGGUAGUCUUACAGUGAAGCUCUACUUUGUGUAACUUUUUCAUAAAAGUUAGAGGAUAAAAAAAAAAAAAAAGAUUGUAUUUGCUUACAGACCAGCAAUGGAUGGCAAUAGGGAGCCAGCUCUUCCCUCUGAAGAAGAGUUACUUUGCAUGCUCCUGUAUAGGACGCACCGGCAUAUAAGUCGCACCCUAUUUUAAAGGUCCAAAAUCUAGAAAAAAAAGAUUCUGAACCCAACAGUGAUCUUCAACCUGCGGACCACUGGUAUAGGAGGUAAUACUCACGUGUCCCCGCCACUCCAGACCCCUCACCGCUGCCCUGGAUGUCGCUCCAUCGCUGUCACCGCGUCCCCGACGCUCCGGACGUCGUCUUCCCGGGAUCCACGCUCUCCGUCGCCGACAUCACGUCGCUACGCACGUCGCUCCUAUUGGAUGAUGGGACGGCGUGCGCGACGACGUGAUGACGUCGAAGGAGAGCGCCGGCCAUGCAGGGGAUCCCGGCACGGAGCAGACACCGAGGAGGCAGGUAAGGUCCCUCCCGGUGUCCUGUAAGCUGUUCGGGAUGCCGCGAUUUCACCGUGGUGGUCCCGAACAGCCUGACUGAGCAGCCGGGUUAGUGUUAUUUUCGCUUCAGACACGGCGGUCAGCUUUGAUGGCAGCGUCUGAAGGGUUAAUACAGGGCAUCACCGCGAUCGGUGAUGUCAUGUAUUAGCCACGGGUCCCGGCCGUUGAUGGCCGCAGGUAUUCGCCGUAUAAGACGCACCAACUUUCCCCCUCCCAGUUUUGGGGAAGAAAAAGUGCGUCUUAUAUGGCGAAAAAUACGGUACACGUUUUUAUACUAUACACUUAUUUGAGAAAAGUCAAAGUAGAUUCUGAAGGUCUUGCAGACAAGACCAUCUCCUUCAAAAGGGGUAGCCGAAAUAGCCAAGUGUUCUACUCGGCUAACUCAGGGAGCUCCCAGUGAGCUUAGCAAUGUUCAGAAGCCCCAUGGAGAAUGAAUGGAGUUCUUGGUGUGCACAUGUGGAGCGCUGCAUUCAUUUGGGAGGACAAUGUCCUCUGUUCUUGUGAUCAGUGGGAGUCCAAUCGGUAGGACCCUCUCCAAUCAGUUGGUUAUUCCCUAUCCUGUGGAUAUGAGAUAACUUUUGGAGAUGGGAAUACCCCUUUAAGGCACCUGAGUCGUGUGCCCACUAUACUUACUUGAGAUGUAUAUUUAAAAUCUAAAACAAACAAAAAGUAACAUUUUUGGUAGGGUUAUCCAAAUUUAUUGUAAAUGUUAGGUGGUUAAUACAGCUUCAUGCAACCGAUUAUGUCUGCUGAAAAUAUUAUCUUUAGGUCAUGGAAGCUACAGUUUUGCAGUAUUAACUAGUAAAACUCCACACACAAAAAAAAAAAAA